AUGAAAAGUGGUAAAUGUUGUUUUCCACAGGAUGUUAUUUGCGUGGAUGAACAAGUAAACCAACCAAACAUAACGCCUGAAGAAGACCAGCAUGUUUCAUCUGAUGAAGAGGAAACAGAUGAAAGUGUCAGUGAUAGUGAUGAUGACUGGGAAACAAUGGAAAACUUGACUGAUGAUGAUGAUGGUGAUGAUGAUGACAAGGAAGAUGUUGCACAAAAUUCACAGGAAUGCAAAAGCGAUGAUAAGAAAAGCAACCAACAGUAUGAAAAGAAAUACAUUAUAUUUCAGUCAAUGCUGUUAAAGUUAUUUAGCAUGUUUUGUUUUAUCUGCAAAUCUGGAAAACCCUCUGUAAAGAUAAGAGAGAAUGGGACAAUGGUUGUUGUGACUCAGACCUGCAAGGACUGUGGUGGGUCAUUUCAGUGGAAAAGCCAGCCAAUGAUCUUCAAUCGAUACCCUGCUGGAAACAUACUUAUGAGUUUCGCAAUGUUGAUGGCUGGAGCCAAAAUAAGCCGUUUCUUGUUAGUCUGCAAGCAUAUGGGUUUAUCAGUAAUAAGCCCCAGAACCUACCUUUACCAUCAGAAGAAGUUCCUUUUUCCUCAGAUUCUCUCCUUUUGGAAUUCAUACAGAGAAAAACUAAUCAAGGGAUUGGAAAGUAAAAGAAACAUUUCAUGGGCAGGAGAUGGUCGUUUCGACUCAAUGGGCCAUAGUGCAAAAUUUGGUCUUUACUCCAUGCUUUGCCCAACAAUACUGAAGAUUGUGCAUUUUGAGCUCAUCCAGGCAAACGAGGCAGGUAGCAGCAACGGAAUGGAGUUGUUGGGAGCGAAGAGAUGCUUUGAGAAUUUGAAAAAAGAUGGCAUAGUUAUAAAGAAAUUUGUAUCUGAUCGCCAUUUAGGAAUAGCAAAAUGGAUACGUGAAACACAGAAAGAAACAACCCAUCUGUAUGAUAUUUGGCAUGUUGCAAAGUCUGUGUGUAAAAAGGUUUUAGCAGCAAGCAAGCAAAAUGGAUUUGAAGUUUUAGGAAAAUGGAUAAAAAGCAUUCGUCGUCACAUCUACUGGUGUUGUACUUCAACCAAAGAAGGAUUUGGAGAGCUAAUAGUUGCAAAAUGGAAGUCUUUUUUUUACCAUGUUGCAGACAUGCAUGAAGGGCAUCCCAACGAAUUAUCCACCAAAUGUUCUCAUGGAGAACUUGGCAAAAGGAAAUGGAUCAAAAUUGGUUCAGAACCUUAUGACAAACUAUGUGCCAUUGGUUUGCAUGGAACCUUACUUGGUGAUAUGUCUAGGUUGUCACCUGAUGUGCAAACAAGCAGUCUGGAAGGCUUUCACUCAUUACUAAAUUACUGGCAUCCAAAAAUGAUUGCGUAUUCAUACCUUGGAACAGUGUGUAGGACAAUUCUAGCCAUACUGCAUUUUAAUGAGAAUGUCAAGAGGGAGAAAAGAAGAACAAAACAGGGAGAGGUUUCAUACCACAUCACAUACCCCAAAUUCAAACUUGGAGAUGAGGUUGUUAGAGCAAUAGCAGUCCCUCCAACAUAUGGAUAUGUUGAGGAGAUGAGAGGCAUGCUUUUUUCGUUAUCAAAAGAGGAUAUUGAAGCAAUGGCCACUAGAAUGGCAGAGUAUACGGCAAAAGUCCCAGAGCCCCUGAACAGAAAGUUUACUGAGAAAAACUCACGUGAAGAGGCAAUUGCUAAAUGGAACGCAAGGAAAGUCAUGCAAACAGAUUUGUUUCCCCCAUGUAAGUUUUGCCACUAUAGCUACUGA